UGCACAGUGGAGUUCUCAGAGAUCUCGAGCGUCAAAAUCAGAAAAAGGAGAAUAUCCGCCUGCUGGAAGAGCAGAUUGCUUUGACGAAGCAGCUUAUGGAAGAAAGAGACAAGGCACUAAUGGCAAAAGGGUCCCAGCAGCCCUAGGCACAGACCUGAGUGAUUAGAGGUUUGAUUAAAGACUUCUGGAAGGUCAUUGGGAUCUUAACUACUUGCAAGUGUUUCAGCUAACAGAGGUAAUCUGUGAAAGACUGUUUCUUCUGUGCUGGUUAUAACCCAGUCCCAAAAGUUCUAGGGUGGACACAAAACAUUUCCUCUGUCCUCGGUACGUUGACUAGUGUGGAUGGACUUGUCGGUGUGGGGACUUGUCGGUUUUGCUCCUUGUUAUGCAAACAGCAUCUAGGAUGGCUAAUAACGUCCACAUGAGUGGGCUGCUGAGCCGCCACGAUGACGAAGCUACCAGGACCUCCACCUCAGAGGGCUUGGAGGAGGGUGAGGUGGAAGGGGAGACCCUCCUGAUUGUGGAGUCUGAGGACCAGGCUUCGGUGGAUUUAUCGCACGACCAGAGCGGGGACUCUUUGAACAGCGACGAAGGUGAUGCCUCCUGGAUGGAGGAGAUGUCCUAUUACUGCGAGAAGUGCCAGAAGUGGAUUCCAGCAAGUCAACUGAGAGAACAGCUCAGCUACCUCAAAGGAGAUAACUUUUUCAGAUUUACUUGCUCCGAUUGCUCAGAAGAUGGGAAGGAGCAAUUCGAACGGCUGAGGUUAACGUGGCAACAAGUUGUCAUGCUGGCAAUGUACAAUCUGUCUCUGGAAGGAACAGGCCGUCAGGGGUACUUCAGAUGGAAAGAAGAUAUUUGUGCUUUUAUUGAGAAACACUGGAAUUUCUUAUUAGGGAACAGGAAAAAGACUUCAACAUGGUGGAGCACGGUCGCUGGCUGUCUCUCUGUGGGGAGCCCCUUGUUUUUCCGCUCAGGGGCACAGGAAUUUGGAGAACCGGGGUGGUGGAAACUGGUUCAUAAUAAACCCCCAACCAUGAAACCCGAAGGAGAGAAGUUGUCCGCGUCUGCGCUAAAGGCAAAAGCAGCUUCGAAGCCACCUCUGGAUCCCAUCAUUACUGUGGAAGGACUCAGGAAGCGGGUAAGCCGCAAUCCGGUCGAAUCGGCCAUGGAGCUGAAGGAGAAGAGAUCUCGCACGCAGGAAGCCAAGGAAAUUCGGAGAGCCCAGAAGGAGGCAGCCGGCUUCCUGGACCGGAGUACUUCCUCCACUCCCGUUAAAUUCACCAGUCGAGGCCGUCGUCCUGAUAUUGUCCUGGAGAAAGGAGAGGUGAUUGACUUCUCCUCCUUGAGCUCUUCAGAUCGCACUCCUCUGACAAGCCCUUCUCCUUCCCCAUCUCUGGACUUCUCUGCUCCUGGCACUCCAGCCUCACACUCAGCUACUCCCAGCCUUCUCUCGGAAGCAGAUCUUAUCCCGGAUGUCAUGCCACCACAGGCUCUGUUUCAUGAUGAUGAGGAGAUGGAAGGAGAUGGAGUCAUAGACCCAGGAAUAGAGUACGUGCCCCCUCCCAGCGGGACAGCUGGUGCUGGCACUGUGAUAGCCAGUAGAAAAAAAGUGAAGACAGCUGAGCAGAUCAAGCAAGAGGUAGAGAGUGAAGAAGAAAAGACGGAGAGGAUGGAAGGUGACAGUGAAGAUCCUGAGGAGUCGAAUGCAUCACUGCAGGUGAGGGGGCGAGACAAGAGGAAGCCACAGCUGGAGAAGGAUGCUAAACCCAGAGCUCCCAAGCAUACUUCUGUUAGCAUCUAUGAGGAGAAGCUGCUGCUGAAGAGACUGGAAGCCUGUCCCAAUGCCAUGAGCAUGACCCCAGAGGCCCGGAGGCUGAGGCGCAAGCUGAUAGUCAGGCAGGCCAAGAGGGAAAGAGGACUACCGCUCUUUGACUUGGACCAAGUUGUGAACGCUGCACUGCUCUUGGUCGAUGGCAUUUAUGGAGCCAAAGAAGGAGGUGUUUCGAGGUCCCCAGUAGGGCAAGCAACAUACAGAACUACUAGCCAGGACUUCAGGAUCUUGGACAGGUACCAGACAAUGCUGCCUGCCAUGAAGGGAUACCGACAGCAGACAACAAAGUUUCUGUAUCGACUGGUAGGCUCAGAAGACCUGCUGACGGACCACAGUAUCGUCAGUCCUUACACGUCCCGCGUCCUGAAACCUUAUAUCAGGCGCGAUUAUGAGACAAAGCCCCCAAAACUCAGGCUGCUGGCAGAAAUCCGGGCGUAUCCACGCAGGAACGAUCUCAACUGGAAGGCUGAGCCAGAAGCACCCAUCGAUUACUGCUACGUUCGCCCUAAUCACAUCCCCACUAUAAACUCCAUGUGCCACGAAUUCUUCUGGCCUGGAAUUGAUCUGUCGGAAUGCCUGCAGUAUCCAGACUUCAGCGUUGUCGUGCUUUACAAGAAAGUUAUCAUUGCCUUUGGCUUUAUGGUGCCAGAUGUGAAAUACAACGAGGCUUACAUCUCCUUUCUGUUAGUUCACCCCGAGUGGAGAAGAGCUGGGAUUGCAACCUUCAUGAUUUACCAUCUGAUCCAGACCUGCAUGGGCAAAGACGUAACCCUUCACGUCUCUGCAAGCAACCCCGCUAUGCUGCUCUACCAGAAGUUUGGAUUUAAGACCGAAGAGUACAUCUUGGACUUUUAUGACAAGUACUAUCCCUUGGACAGCAAGGAGUGCAAGCACGCCUUCUUCCUCAGGCUGCGGCGCUGAGCUCGGGGUCUGCAAAAAGCCCCAUCUUGUCCAGCAAAGAACCGCCACGGAUUUCGGUGGAGGAGGUCGGCUGCUGACGUGAGAGCUGGAAGGCACUGACGCCUUUAUUCCCUAGGUCUUCAAAUGUCAACCGUGCUGUGGCGUGUGCUGAAAAUACAAUCCAAGAGGAUCGGUUCCUACCCUUCCAAGGGUCUGGAAAUGCCAACUGGGACAUGCUGAAACCACUGGAAGACUCAAAUUCUUUAGGGAGGGUUUUUCUGCCGCUGUUACUUUGAAGAGCCUCGUUGACAAACAAACAAAACCCAAAUGAAAAAAAAAAAAUACCUGUCAUUUCAGAAGGGCCCCAUGGAUUUCAGAUUUUGAAACGUACCCCCAAAAAGUUGCAGGUUUUUUGUUUCUGGUUUUUUGUUUUUGUUUUCUGGGAAGUGAACGUCUAAGCUUAAAUCAUCCACAGGGUUUCUGCAGUUUGAUUGCUUUGUUAAGACCAUGUUUUGAAUCUGUGAAGGGAAACAAGAUACUGGUGCACCUAGCUGGACGCUAACUUUGAGGAAGCUCUACAGGUGCCAGAACAGCAAUACUGGAAGUGUCUUUUAGGAAUAACGAAGAGCUUGUGAACUAAUGUGAUCCCGAGCACCAGGCUCAGAGGAGAUGUCUUUCUUCCCUGCUGCCUCCCUUUCCCCUCGUUGACCUCGUGCUCAAUGUGAAGUUCUUGUAGUGCACAGUGUUUUGUGUUCAGAGACCAGACGUCAAAGCGGGUUUGUAGCUCGGCAAGGUGGGACAUGAGGGCUGCCACAUCAGCUCUUUUGAGAUCUUCCAGCCCAUCUGCCAGUUGUUGAUGCUGCGGAUCGGCCCUUCGGGCACAACCUCUAACCAGGGAGCCAGCCUCUGGCUAGAAGGAACCCAGAACAGAAGUCGGAGGUGACAUUUGAAACGCAGGCUCGGGUUUGUAGAAGCAAUCUGUUUGCAGCUUGGAGGGAGGAGAAGGGUAGAGGUGGGCCAGUUCCAGUGCUUGGAAGCACCGAGGCUGUGAUUUCACGGCUCUAAGUUUAAGUAAAGAGGAGAGCACAGAAUAAAUAGAAAUAUUAAAAGAAUAUGAACCCCAAUGUCUCUGGUACUGGGGUCUAGCCCUCUUAGGCGGUUCAGCAGCUUCUCUCUUCCCCUGACUUUUAUUGCAGAGGAACAGUAAAUGGGGCAGAUUGCUCUGCUGCCCCGACCAAAGGUCAGUCCGUUGCAUUUUAAAUAGGAAUCCCAGCCGUUGUGCUGUUCCUUUCACACCAAGGCCCCCAGAGAGCUGCACAGCCAAUGUCACCUCUUUUGUGCUUUGUCCACUGUGUGCACCCGUCGGGUACCUGGCUGGAGGUAGUCGUUGUUGUCUUAAUGGAGUCUUCAUUUUGGUAACGGCAGAGUUACGUGGACGCGACGUCUGUUUUUGUGUAGCCAAUGUACAUCGUCACCAAAACAAAACCAGUUUUAGUGGGAGGGGGGAAAAAGAGCCCCUUCAAGCCUUGUGUGCCCUGGCAUCCGUGCCUAUUUCUGCCCGCUUUACGACGACAUAGAAAUUUUUGGUGUUACUGAUGGUGUCUAUGAGUUAGCUGUAUACUUGGAAAGAAACAAAAAGUUUAUCUGUCUUUAUGAAUGGAAUUAAAGCCCUUCCCUUGGAAAAGCCUA